GGACCAUGUUGCUGCCGCAGUGUUCGCAGUGUUUCCGUAAUCCGCGUUGAGUUCGGUGCAAAUGUAGGAAUGUCAGAAGCUAAAAGGGUACCUUUGCAGACCUUGGAGUUUCCGGAGUCCUUGGGCUACGCCGCGAAAAAGGAGAAAAAAGGGGAAAAGGGCAAACAGCUCGCGCCCUCCUUCCGCUUCACACUUACCCUGCCAGAGUCGAACGAGAAGGCAUGUCCUGAGUUCAACUAUGCACAACUCCUCAAAGCAGCCGAGAAGAAGCGUAGGAAAGAGUUAAAGCAGGGAGAUGAAAAUGCCACUAAUGGACUGUCUUUCGACGAUGAUGACGAUGACGAUAAACUCCGAGAUAUGGCAAGACGGUUUGAAGCGAAAUAUGGAACAUCUACCAUGGGAAAAAAGAGGCAUAAAUACGAUGACUAUGUGGAUUUGGGAGCUGGAUAUGAUGAAAAUGAUUCUUUUAUCGAUAAUACCGACGCAUAUGAUGAAAUUGUACCAGAAGAGAUGACUACAGCACAUGGUGGCUUUUACAUCAAUUGUGGAGCUCUUGAAUUUAGAACAGCUGAUCGUCAUAUAUUGGUUCACAAUAACAAUAACAAUAAUCCCAGCAAUGAUGAUGAAAGCAGUGAAAGUAGUGAAGAGGAUACAGAGGAUGUGGAUAGUCCUAAAAGAUUAGAGAAACGGAAUCUCAGUUCAUCGGAUGAAGAUGAUACUGAAGAUAUUACUGGUGAUCAACCAAGAAAAAAACAAAAGCUAGAAGAAAAUGGUGAAAAGAAACAGACCCACGAAAAUAUUAUUAAAAAAAAGAAGAAACAGCAACCAAAUUCCCAAGAUCAGCCAAAUUUUCAACAGGAUGGAGAUACUUUAAACAGAUUAAAAGUAAAAGGAGAAACUACGGAUGCUGAAGUUUCAGAAGAUCAAGAAGAGAAGAAGAAAUUAGAUAAAAUAGAUUCCCAAAAGAGUAAAAAUGUAUCGGAUAAAAAGUUUGAUAUAAAAAAGUUUGAAAAGAAAACAUCAAAUACUAAUGGCUUCGAUGGGAAAAAAAUAGAAUUAAAAAAAUUAGGUGGUAAAGAUAGUAAUAUUGAUGAUGCAAUAGAGAGUGUAGUUAAUGCUGCAAGAGUGGAAGAUGAAUCGAGUAGAGACACAACGGAUUCCGGUAAAUCUCGAUGUAUAGGGACAGAAUCUGAAUGUGACGAUAUUGAUAAGGAAGAAGCCCCAUUACCUGAUUCUCUUCCAGAAAAUGUUGUAGAAAUAGUUAAUAAGUUGAAAACGUGUGCUGAAAACAGUAAAGAAGGAAAAACUAAAUUUUUCAACACGACAGUAAAUACAUUAUUGUUGAGCUUAGAGAAAAGAUUGAGGACGCUUCCCCCGCCAAGUUUGAGGCUAGAAACGUAUGGACAUCUUGCACGAUUUUUACCAUGUAGUAAAGUAGCACUUCAAAAUAGAGCAAAAAAAUUAUUUGUGCAGGAUCUCGACUAUAAAACUAGAGAUCUUAUACAAAGGUUAAAAAAGGUGAUUGAAGAAAUAAUGCCAUCUGUGAUGUGCAAAUAUAUAGAUGAAUGUCAAAAAGUGGCCGAAGGAAAUCCUCAUUUAUACUGGGAUAUAUACCGGUACUGUUGGGAGAUGGAAGGAUCACCCGAAGAUGUUGAAAGUUCCGAUGACGAAGAUAUGUGUGAGGAUAUAGAUAAAUCGAAAAUUCCUAAAAAGCGAUUUCCUUGGACCGAAGAAGCAAAAAAACUUGUUUCUGACAUUGCAAGUAUAAAAAGUCAGUGUUAUAAUGUUUUAAGACCGAGAAAAUUAAGUAUGUACACUUAUGUUGGAUCGUUUAUGGUCCGUCAAGUAUUACCAUUGUGGCCCCGUGGAUAUAUGACAGCGCACGCUUUGCUGAAAUUUGUUGGUGAAGCCGAACCUACCACAAAAAAGAAAACAAAAAAACCGAAAGAAGUUGGCAAUGGUAAUACUACCAGUUCUUCAGAAAAUGCAAUCUACAAUUCCGCAAGAGUUGAACUAUCAAAUAUAAGUGCCGUUUCUUCACAAGAGAAAGCCUUAACGAAUGCAUCUAAAAUUUUAAAUGCAACAGAGAAUUCUACAAAUUAUGUAAAACAAGGAACUACAAAAUCAAGUGAUAAUAUAGAGAAAAAACAACAUAGUAUAAAGAAUAAAGAUAAAAAUAAAGAUACUAACAAUUCUGGUCAGUAUCACGAAAAUUCAGCAUCUAAUAAUUCCACUGUAGGUAAGAUUUCUGUUGUGCCUACGGCUCAGUUAAUGGCUCAAAAACCGGUUAAAAGUCACGUUGAAAAACUUAACUUGAUGGAUCUAGUUAAUAGCUCUCUCUCUAUUACACCGGUUAAUGAUUUUCACAAAGUAUCUACGAAGAUGAGUGAAAAUAAAAAGGAUGUAGUUUCUAUUACUGCUUAUUCAGAAACUUCAAAUGUUCUUCCAAAUACAAAUGAAGUGCCUCAAACUGGACACCAUUCCGUACACAGACAGGAAGCUUCAUAUUCAUGUACACAGUCACAACAUUCUAAUUAUUCUACAUCAAAUCAAACAUCUUCACUUUCAAAAGCUGUAUCCUUGAAACACAGACUGCUACAUGAAAAUACAGAUGUAAAAAGUGAUAAAAGAUUAGAAGAUAAAGAUAUUGAUUUGACUAAUAAGACUGAGAAAAGGGAGAAAAAGCGGGAGCGAUGUGCGGAUGGUAAACAUAAAUCGCAUGAUGUCAAAAAAAAGAAAAAGGAUCAAAAGGUAUUAGAUAAACAAUUAGGAUAUGUUAAUUCGGAUGUAGUGCCUAUACAGCAACAACAGCAGCAGCAGCAGCCACAGCUAUCACUCACAAAAGAAGAACAAGAGCAAAGGCAGAACGAAGAAACAAUUGCUGCUACUAAUUAUUUAAGUCAAAUUUUCAAUGAUGAUGUAUCUUCAAGAGUAAUAUCAGACAAACGAAAAGACACUGGACUUAUUUUGGAUGAACCAGUAGGAAAUGCAGUGCAACCGACGGAGCAAGAAAAAGAUGUUCAAAUGGUGAUGAGAUCGUUAAAAGAAUUGCAAGAAUUACAAGAAAUGAAGUAUUCACCAAGUAAUUCACCAAUUAGUAGUAAUUUACAGAAACCUAACAAGUCGAAUACACAAUGUGCUACUUACCAAGACGAAUAUUCACGCUUAUAUCUAAAGAAAGACGUUAAACUAAAGUCUAAAGAAGAUUCACAAUGGUAAUAUUAUCAAACAGUGUGCACUAUAGACGUAAAUUAUGUUGAACAGAAUGAAAAUGCCAGUGAACAGAUAAUAAUUUCAUAGAGACCUAUAGGCGGAUUUUUCAGUAGAUCUGUAUUAUUUUUGAUGACAAACAAAUUAGUGUGGAACUGAUCAGAACUUCUUCCAUUAUUACAAGUCGCGUUAUUAUCGACGACCAAAAUCAUAUGCAACUGAUAAAUAGCGUGCCGCGAUCGUAUUGUAUCGCACCAAUUUUUAAAUAUUUUAACAAACCGCCAAAUUGUGUAAAUAUAUUCAUUCGUAGUAAUUUGAAAAUGCGCGUGUACAGAGUAAGCAUAAAUUAUGGAAGCAUAUUAAUCAUAUAAACACUUGUAAAUAAGUUAACGUCCAUUCAUCGUCGUGAAUGGGGUGGUCUGUGAAGAUCCAUAUUUUUAUUUGACGGCGUAUUGCUGCUUGAUGAUUUUAAUACAAGUUUACCAACAAUUAACAGUUUUUGGCGCACGAUAGACCCUGUACCAAUACAAUGUUGUUUUGUCGAAAAACCUAAUUGUCAAGUGCUUCUUUUAAUUUUGCAUACUGCCAGAAUACAAGAAGGAGUGGGAUAAUAAAUUUAUUUUUUCAUAGUACCUAAUAAAUAAAUAAUAAUUACCUAACCACCCUAAAUCACAGAGCGAUAAAGAAUGUUUUGAACGGUGUUCCU